GAUCGCACUCCGUUGCCUCGGACAGCUACACUACGCACUCGCAUCGCAUUUCUUCCAUUGGCGCAGAGCUGACGAAUCCCCCUCAACUGGCGCAAACACAACAUCCUGCAAACACGUUCUUGACCAGCCCUUUUGACUACCAGGAAACUUCAAGGAGGCCUAUUGCUACCAUUUACGAGCUUGCAAGACGUGCUACCCACCAUGUAUAGCAAUCGCUCCCAUCCGCUCCUCGAGCAGGUCCCCCUGACCGUCUCCCCGUUCAUCUCCCUCCCCGCAGCCACAACGCUCUCCUACAACUACAAGGCCAUGCCCUCAGCCCUCCCUCCCUCAGCAACAGGCGUGCCCGCUGCCGUCACAGACGAUGCUGCAGCUGGUGACACCUCGGCGAGCAAACCAAAGUAUGUGAUCUCGCAGUCGGGACACGCAGCGCAUCCGGAUGAUAUCAUCGCCUCUUGUCGUGCGCUUCAAGCGCAUAUCACAAAGAUGCAAGAGGACGCCGAGCGUGACCUACGGGACCUCGAGAAUAGGAUAAACGAGCGGGAACUGGCCGAGAAGAGGAGGGUUGCGCCCGGCUGGUUAGACAGUGAAGCCCGGAUACUCGAGCCGGAAAAGGUGGGCGGACCAUCCGAGGAGGAAGCUGGGCAUCAGACAUCAGCGAUAGCAGGGACCAGCGAGAUGCCGCUGAACGAUCAGGGGGCAGAGCUAGACCGGGUUUUUGGCGGUUUGAACAUGAAGUGAAUCCCAUGCGACUGAUUAAGGUCCUUGCUUUACUCCCCGGCGUUGCGCGUCAUUUCACAAGACGAGUCUUCUCGUUGCCGGAUCCAUGGCUGGAUGGAACAGCAAACCAUCUAUAUGAGGGAAAUAGGUCAAUGCUAUGGCACAGUGCCGGACCUGCAAUAUCGAGCCGCUGGCGCGAGCCUGGUCUGAGGCUAAGGCAAGCCAGCUAGCCUUACUAGAGAGAUGUCGUCCCAACGCUUGUACAAAGUCGAUAAUCUACGACUUGAUUGCAGUGAGAUUUGUUUAAGGCCUUCUACUAUAUGUACGCUGAGCUAUUUAUAGGGAAUGGGAACAACUAGCAAGUGGCCUGCCUUCCAGCAUCCCAAAUGAUACUCAGGAGUCUAGAUACUCAUACGAUUAAUGAACUUCUUGCAAACUCACAAGAGCAGAACCACCCCAUCACAAGUUGCCAACUGUGUCCAUACACUGCUUCACACCCAAAUUAUCA